GACGGGACGACAUGGACGAUGCGGUCGCGUCCAAGUGUAUCUCUGUAUCUCUCGCUAUUGUUAUCGUUUAGGAGAGUAUCUCGCGUGUGAAUACAGUGUGUACGCGAUGGAAAUGCUGCAGUGAUUGAAUACAGUAAUAACGGAAUGCAGUGAAGGAAUGCAGUGAAGGAAUGCAGUGACGGAAUGCAGUGAAGGAAUGCAGUGAUCAAGGAUGCAGUGAUAAAGGAUGCAGUGAAGGAAUGCAGUGAUCAAGGAUGCAGUGAUAAAGGAUGCAGUGAAGGAAUGCAGUGAUCAAGGAUGCAGUGAUAAAGGAUGCAGUGAAGGAAUGCAGUGAUCAAGGAUGCAGUGAUAAAGGAUGCAGUGAAGGAAUGCAGUGAUCAAGGAAUGCAGUGAAGGAAUGCAGUGAUCAAGGAAUGCAGUGACGGAAUGCAGUGAUCGAGGAAUGCAGUGAUCAAGGAUGCAGUGAUAAAGGAUGCAGUGAUAAAGGAUGCAGUGAUAAAGGAUGCAGUGAAGGAAUGCAGUGAUCAAGGAAAGCAGUGAUCAAGGAAUGCAGUGACGGAAUGCAGUGAUCAAGGAAUGCAGUGAAGGAAUGCAGUGAAGGAAUGCAGUGAAGGAAUGCAGUGAUCAAGGAAUGCAGUGACGGAAUGCAGUGAUAUGGAAUACAGUGAUAUGGAAUACAGUGACGGAAUGCAGUGAAGGAAUACAUGUGAAUCACGAAUACUUUGUGUGGUGCGUCCGCGUUGGAGUACUAGCGAUCUGGAGCUCCUGAUGUGCUCCGUGGAGCGUCGAACAAGGAGCCGCUGUUCUAGCCCGGAUAUCUUGGAUAUAUUUUGUUCUAAAUACAGCCAGGAAUGCCAGGAUACGUGUGCAAGGAUCAUCGCCAGAUCGUGGAGACGUGGAGCCAGUUCUUCUCCUGCCGAAAAUAUCUGUGGACACAUAGUUCAGUUUACAUGUAGAGAUGUCAUGUGGAUGCGUUCAAUCUACUUCGGUAUGGAAGGGCGGAUGGAAGCCACUGCUGUUUAUAAUUUCGGCCACACGGUGAUGAAUUCACAACAUGUCGUUCACGUGCAACGAAAUGUCGAGGAUCAUGCGUUAUUCCAUAUCACUGUUUUGUCUCGUUUCGCUCUAUUUGGCUUACGGUGGUGAAACUUUGCGGAAAAUGCCGACGAUUGAGGCCAAUGUUAGCAGUGACGAUGUCACGGAAACGCAACAUACUAUUUGUAAGAUCGCAACGGAAGAUGUGGUCGCAAAUGCACGUGCCACUGUUAAAACAGUACUCACCGGAGCAUGUAAGGCGAAGACGAUGGACGAAAAAUUUGCAAGUCUCGAGGAAAAGUUGAGCAAGGAAUUUGCGGAUGUUAAAUGGUUACUUUACAGCAUUCUAGAGCAGCAGCCAAAUUAUUUGAAAAAUGUGCGAAACGCUAAUCUUUACGACGGAGCAGUUGACAAUUAUUUAUCCCCGAGACAAGAUGAAAUCAAUAAAUUCAACAAUACUAUGCAAAGCUUAACAGUAUUAAAUGGUUCAACAGAUGCCUUCGUCUAUUAUUGGCAGGUGAGGAGUUUUAAUGUGAUGCUGGCGAACUGGCAGACCGGCCGUUCGAUGCGCGGCCCUACGUUUUACGCGGGUCAUAGCGGUUACGCCAUGUAUCUGAAGAUCACUCCUAAAUAUUUUCCCGACGGCACGAUCUUCGUAGGUGUCGGAUUAACCCGCGGCCGUUACGAUUCCGUUCUCGCGUGGCCCUUUCCUCACAGGAUCCGCCUCGAGGAGAUCCUCGGAUUACAGGUAAUGCAAUUGCAAAGUACAAAAGAGUGCCCGCAGGCAGCCCUUUGACGUUGAAAGAGGGAAAGCAUUGCGGUGGGAUAUCGUAUCGAAUCUUCGUCGCGGAUACUUACGAAAAUCUCUCGAGACGUUUUCAGAAGAAUCUUUCUAACGCGAUCGAAUGAUUUUAAAUGAAGUUAGAAAGUCACGAAUACAUAAGUACGAUCCCUUGUUGAUCAUAUUUCGCUAUGAAAAGGGUAGACGAAAACAAUAUCUGUGCUCUGAGGCUUUCUUUUUUUUUACUGUUUUACUUUAUUAUUUUCAGAUAAAUAUAUUUUAUAUGUAUUAU